AUGGCUAGUGACCCCCUGAGAAUUGCCGUUAUCCCUGGAGACGGUAUUGGGACAGAAGUAAUGCCGUAUGGUAUCCGAUGCCUCGAAGCUGCUGCCAAGGUGUUUGAUAUUUCGUUGGCUUUCGAGACGUUCGAUUUCGCUAGUUGUGACUUCUAUCAAAAACAUGGCGAUAUGCUGCCACCGGAUUGGAAGAAAACCCUCACUGGGUUUGAUGCCAUUUAUUUCGGUGCGGUUGGCAUGCCAGAUUUGGUUCCCGACGACGUGACGCUAUGGGGUAGUCUGCUAAAGUUCAGGCGUGAAUUCGACCAGUAUAUCAACCUUCGCCCAUGCCGGCUUUUGGCCGGCGUCAACUGUCCUUUGGCUGGCCGCAAGCCAGGAGACAUUGAUUUUUGGAUCGUCCGCGAAAAUACCGAAGGCGAAUACAGCAGCAUAGGGGGUAAGAUAUUCGAAGGGACGGAGAGGGAAACCGUCAUACAGGAAACUGUUAUGACGAGGACGGGCGUGGAUAGAGUGCUUCAAUACGCCUUUGACCUAGCACAGAGUCGGCCACGAAAGCGACUUACUAGCGCCACGAAGAGCAACGGCAUUAGCAUCACGAUGCCCUAUUGGGACUCUCGCGUGCGUGAAAUGGCAGCGAGCUAUCCCGACGUAUACGUGGAGAAGUAUCAUAUCGACAUUCUCACUGCUCACUUUGUACAGAGACCUGACAUUUUUGAUGUCGUCGUCGGUAGCAACUUGUUCGGAGACAUCCUCUCUGACUUGGGCCCAGCUUGUACUGGCACCAUUGGCAUUGCGCCAUCCGGAAAUAUCAAUCCGGGCGGACAGUUCCCCAGUCUCUUUGAGCCAGUGCACGGGAGCGCCCCGGACAUUUUCGGCAGAGGCAUUGCCAACCCAAUUGGCAUGAUUUGGGCGGGCCAGAUGAUGCUUCAGCAUUUCGGGUACCAGGACGCAGCUGCUGCCAUGCUUCGGGCGAUCGAAGCGGUCCUCGCUCGAGGAGACCCAAGUAUCAUCACUUUAGAUAUGGGUGGUAAAGGGACGACCCAAAGCUUAGGAGAAGCCGUCGAGAGAGAGAUCCUUUCAAUCAAGAAGGAGGGGCCAUAA